CCUAGCUCGGGAGAUCGUCCUGCCAUGGACGGGCUCCGGGGUAGUGCAGGGCUGUUGAGGCGUGGACGGCUAAGGCGCCGGCGCCAGCCUCAGCCACACAGCGGGUCGGUCUUGGCCUUGCCCUUGAGGCCCAGGAAGAUCCGAAGGCAGCUGAGGAGGAGUGUUGCGUCCCGCAUGGCCGCGCUGAGAGCCCAGACGCUGCCGAGCGAGAACUCUGAGGACUCAAGGGUGGAGUCGACUGCUAACGACGUGGGAGACGCGCUGCCUGGUGGGGCGGCGGCCAUCUCGGACACGGCCCGGCGAGAGCAAUACGGCCACCAUGGGCCUGCAGAGCUGCUGGAGGCCCCGCCCGCUGCACCCUCCCUGCAGACCCCGCCGGCGCGCCUGGUGGAGGUGUCCGCUGCGCCGGCGCGCGUGCCGGAGACCUCUGCCCAGCUGUGCAGCGGCCAGUCUGGGGCCCCUGCGACGCUGUUGGGGCCGCAGGUGGACAGCACGGAUGGGAAGCUGUCUUGGGACUCCCCGCUGCGGCGCGUCCUGGCCGAGCUGAACCGUAUUCCCAGCAGCCGGCGGCGGGCGGCGCGCCUUUUUGAGUGGCUCAUUGCGCCCAUGCCGCCCGACCACUUCUACCGGCGCCUGUGGGAGCGGGAGGCGGUGCUAGUGCGGCGGCAGGACCACACCUACUACCAGGGCCUUUUCUCUACCGCCGACCUGGACUCGAUGCUCCGCAACGAGGAGGUGCAGUUCGGGCAGCACCUGGAUGCCGCGCGCUACAUCAACGGGCGGCGUGAGACCCUGAACCCGCCGGGCCGCGCCCUGCCUGCCGCCGCGUGGUCCCUGUACCAGGCCGGCUGCUCUCUGCGCCUCCUCUGUCCGCAGGCUUUCUCGACCACCGUGUGGCAGUUUUUGGCUGUGCUCCAGGAGCAGUUUGGAAGCAUGGCAGGCUCAAACGUUUACCUCACGCCCCCCAACUCGCAGGGUUUUGCCCCCCACUAUGACGACAUCGAGGCUUUCGUGCUGCAGCUGGAGGGUAGGAAGCUCUGGCGUGUCUACCGACCCCGGGUCCCAGUUGAGGAACUGGCCCUGACAUCUAGCCCCAACUUCAGUCAGGAGGACCUCGGUGAGCCAGUGCUGCAGACCGUGCUGGAACCUGGAGAUUUGCUCUAUUUUCCUCGGGGCUUUAUUCACCAAGCCGAAUGCCAGGAUGGAGUCCAUUCUUUGCACCUCACCUUAUCCACAUACCAGCGCAAUACCUGGGGCGACUUCCUGGAGGCUGUACUGCCUCUGGCCGUGCAGGCAGCAAUGGAAGAAAAUGUGGAGUUUCGGAGGGGUCUACCCCGAGACUUCAUGGAUUACAUGGGGGCCCAGCAUUCGGAUUCUAAGGAUCCUCGAAGAACUGCUUUCAUGGAGAAGGUGCGGGUCUUAGUUGCCCGCUUGGGACACUUUGCUCCUGUCGAUGCUGUGGCUGACCAGCGAGCCAAAGACUUCAUCCACGAUUCUCUGCCCCCUGUGUUGACUGAUAGGGAGAGGGCGCUAAGUGUUUACGGACUCCCCAUUCGCUGGGAGGCUGGACAACCUGUAAACGUGGGGGCGCAGUUGACAACAGAAACAGAAGUACACAUGCUUCAGGAUGGGAUAGCUCGGCUGGUGGGUGAGGGAGGCCGUUUGUUUCUCUAUUACACGGUGGAAAACUCCCGUGUUUAUCAUCUGGAAGAACCCAAGUGCUUGGAAAUAUACCCCCAGCAAGCCGAUGCCAUGGAACUCUUGCUUCGCUCCUACCCAGAGUUUGUGAGAGUAGGGGACUUGCCCUGUGACAGUGUGGAGGACCAGCUUUCCUUGGCAACCAUGUUGUAUGAUAAGGGGCUGCUGCUCACCAAGAUGCCUCUAACCCUAAACUAGUUUCUUGUUGAUUGCUGGAAAAAAGGGAGUAGUGAUUCUCCCCAACCACCGCCACUUUUUUAAAAAUUCAUGCUCUUACCUUGAUAACCAUCAGUGUGCUCACAUUUACCUUUAUGACUGCUUCAAUGUCAUAAACCUCAGACCAUCUUUUGGGAAGAACCACCUCAUCUAGGUACAAAAGUAAAAGCAGAAGUUGGAAGUGGAAAAAAAAGGAGCUGUUUCUGCAAAAGUAACCUUGAUCCCUGAUUAUUUCAGAACACUAAUUUCAUCACCUUCAGGCUUCAGUGUACUGUGUAGCACUGGCCAUGUUCUACUUAAGACAUCAGAAAUUUUUAUUUGGAAUUUGCAUCUUUCAUUUGAGUUCUCUUUCAUCAGUUUGAGGGGAGGCUUGGGUUGGAAGAAACUUCCCCAGAUCUGGCAAGUGAAUAUUUUCAUGGUUGGUGGAAAAGAGCCUGGUGUACCAGAAAGAGUACUGGACUUGGAACCGGAAGACGUAGGUUUGGGGUGGUAGCUGGUAGGCAGCUGGCUGAGUGACCUGAGGCUGCUUCUACACUUGGGCAUACAGAUUUUGUUUUUUCAUACCUAACUUCAUUUCCUGAGAUGAAAAGAUGAAGAGAAUGGUUAUGAGAAGAAAGAAGAAUGAUGUUCUCGUGAAACAGAAACAAGAAAGGAUGACCCUAGGGCCUGAGGCAGCUGUUUCAGGAGCUCCAGGUCGCUGGCAGAGGUGAGCUCAUCCCGGAUGUGGCUCCAGUCGUAUUGCUGGCGCAAGAAGCUCUGCCACUUGCUGGGGGAAACUCCAGACCUUAGAGGACGCUUGUUCUGGAUCCAUCGGGCUGUGCGCUUGUUCAGCUUUUCCAACACAAUGGCCUCCCAGGCUCUGGCCUCCUUCUCAGGAGGUGGGAGCCAGGUCUCCCUUUCUUCCAGGUUCACAGCUGGAGAAGUUGUCAGACCCAGUAUAUCUGGAUCACUGCAGGGAUGAUGAGUGAGAUGAUGAGGUGUUUCCUGGACUGUGCUUUUUGGCUUUGAUUUCUUCAGUUUCUUUUCAGGACUGGCAGAGCAUUCUGUUUUCAGAGCGUGGGAGGUGUCCCCUGCUGAGGGACCUGAGGAACCCAAGAGUUUGAAGCUGACAGGUUUCUCGGGUUGAGCUUUCCUGACUUGGGGAGGCUGGAUGAUGUUGUCCGUGUUGUAGAGGUGGUCAAAGCUGUACUGGCUAUAUGGAAUGCUGGAAAGCCCUCGCUGCAACACCACCUCCUGAGAGAAGGUAAGGUUGGCAGCGGCCUUCUGCAGAUAUUGGCUCUUGAGGUGUACACAGCGCUGCAGGCUGAAGGGGAGAACUGGAAGCACACUGGAGAUGGAGGCACAUACCUCACUGACUUUCGGUUUUGAGUAGCAGAAUAUCAUGCCCCAUUCCAGCCGUGUAGGGAGUGACUGAUGAAAACGAUGGGAGAGGAAGUUCUUUCCCUUCUGGGUCCUGGUCAUAUUGUUUCCCAGAAAAUACUUCCUUCUACACUGCCUGGCCAAGAGGUGAGGCGUGGAGAUGUGAUCAGGCACCUGUUAAGGAGAUGGGAGGAACUGGUGAGAGCUCUAGGUUAGCAGAAAUUGGUAGCCCAUAGCAGUACAGAAAGAGAAUAACUUGGAAAACUGAUGGGAAGGGGGGAAAGCCAUGUGAGUUAGGAGAACAAAAUGGUGUAACAUUCUAAAUAUUUCUUGUAUCAGAAAUAUUUUUGCUUCCAGUUCUCACACUCAAAUCUCAGACCUUCAUCUCUUUUCAGCAGUGUCCCAUGUUUCCAGGUUUUCUUCACAUGUUGCCUUCUCUCUGUUCAGAAGGCUUAGAGCAUACAGUUCAGACACCUCAGCCUGGCAUUCAGGGUUCUCCCUGGGUAUGACCCCGGUUUAUGACUUUGUCCUGGCAUGUAACCUCUGCUUGAGCCAGUCGAGUCUCCUAGCUGUUCUCUGAGUAUUCCUCCUUCCCCGUAGUGCAGCUUCCUUUUGUGCUUGCUAUGUCAAAAAGCCUUUCUUCCAAACUGGAUACAAAUUCUAUCCAUUUUUUCAGGCCCAGCUCAAUUCCUACCUGCUGCAUAACUCUUUCUUGACCUAUCCAGGCCACCGUGUCAUACCCGAAUUUAUAAAACGCUUCUAGUCCAUACUACUUAUUUAAUGUUAAUCCUGUGAUACCCCACGUUGUUAAGUAUAUUUGACUCUCCAACUGCACUGCCCAAUGACAAUGUCUUUUGUCUCUUCUAUCUUUCAGAAUCACCCAGUUCUUUUCUAUUUUGCUACAUUGUCUUCAUUGUUAAAAUGUUUUAACAGCUGUAGCAUAUUUUAUCAAAUAGGGAAAUCGCUCUGGCUCUUCCUUAAUUAUUGGGUAGGCUAUUUCCAGGUUUUAGCUAGCAUGGAGAACAUUGUAGAGAACAAAUGCUUAGAUUUAGUGGGGUUUUUUUGUUUUUGUUUUUUUUUUCUUCUGAUGCACCCCCUGGGCCUAAUAAUGAUAGCUGACAAUAAUGGAAUACUUUGCUAAGGCUUUACAUAGGGAAGAUAUUAUGAUCUUAAUUUCCUGUGGGAAGAAGCUGAGGCUCAGAGGGGUAGGUGAAUUGCUUCAGAUCACAUAGCCCAUAAUUAGAGGAGUCAGGUUUCAAAACCAGACUACUAGAUUGCAACUAUGGAGCACUUAACCUCUGUGCUACACCGGCGUUCACUCAGUCUCUGCUCCCUACUACUCACUGUAUUUGUCUUGCCACUGCCAGGGGCAGGUAUGCCUCAUGCGCAAUAUGAAGACAAGACCAUUAUGCAGUAUCCUUCAAUCUUGCUAGUGCCAUGGGCUGUCUGGUUAGCUCAGUUAGAUAGAACCCAGCCUUGUGACACCAAGGUCAUGGGUUUGGAUCCCUGUACUGGCCAGCUACCAAAAAAAAAAAAAAAAACCUUACUAGUGCCAACACCUGCUUUGUGCCCAAGGUGCCCCCAGACUAGAUCUGACUCAUUUCUUUCCUUCAUAACACCCAGCACAUACCUUCUCUCCGUAGGGCCUGACUUAUCCCACUGUCUUCCAUGUAUAAAAUCUAACCUUGUGGUGUUUCUUUCUGUUAAGGGUCAGCUUUCAUCUAAAUGCCACUAGAUCAGAACUGAUAACCUGCCACAAAUUGUCACACUUGAUUAAAUAUAUUCCUCCGGGAUUUUUUUCAGGUAAAACUAAAUUUAGUUGUUUCAUGUCUUCAACCAUGAAGGAAACACGGCCACAAGGGCACUCAGUAUUCAGAUAGUUGGACUAAAAAAAGUAGGGCAAAGAUAGAGGGUGAUCACAAGGUGAUAUUUUUCCUGAAACAGUGCCUACUCUCACUGGUUAAAAAUGAACUGUCAGAUGAAAACAAUUAUUAAUAUUCUCCUGCCUUGUACAUUGCUUUAAUAAAACAUUUUACAUUCUUAAUA